AUGUGGAUUUUAUUGAUAAAAUCACCCAGAUGGCGAAGGAAACUCAUUCAUCGCCUCAAUUCACAAAGGUAUAAGCGAAAGUUUAUAGUACCAAAGGAAACUAAUCCACAAGAGGAUCCAAUAAAGUCUAAAAACACAGGUCAUGUUUGGGAGUUCAAAGUGGAAGACUUGCCGAUGAGACUUAAAAGGUUGAAACUUUAUUCCAAACUCCUCACCAAUUUGCAUCUGCAAGAUGCCAUAGACUGGCUAUGUGCAUUUCCAAAUGUAAAGACAAAUAGAAUACUAAACUCGCUGAGUGAAUCGCAACAAAAAAUAUAUGAGGAAUACGGAGGUGAUCCCAGCCGCCUCUAUAUCGACAACAUGGUUAUAAACUAUGGAUCACCUAUCAAACAAAUAAAGUACCAUGCAUUGGGGAGAUUUGGGAUCAUGUCCACGUGGAGAAAUAAACUAGUAUAUCAAAUCAGGGAAAUGCCAAUGAACGAAUUCUAUCAAAAGGUCUUUAUUCUAGGGAAAAUACCAAAAAGUAUGGGUGUAGAAAUGAGAAAUGCAAUUUACGAUAAGCGUGUACCUCCACAAACCAUUACCGAGUGGUACCCAUAUCUUACUGCUCACACAAGAUUCUUUUAUCGCAAGUAUCUGAAAUGGCUAAAUAGAACAGGCAAAUUCGACUAUUAUCAACACAGAAGGAAUUGGAUUGAUCAAUACAAUACCAAUCUACAAAGGAGAUUUGAACAACUUAAGAGCCAAAGAGGUUUAAAAUAA